AUGUCGCUACACAGCAGAUCGAGCCAGUCGACCAAAGAAUCCAAAAAAAGCAAGGGCAAAGAACCACAAAAACAAGGUUCAGUAGAUAGCAUCAAAAAGAAGGCACAACCUCGGCUGCAACGCACACUGUCUCCUUUGGAAUUCCAUCCUCAACCCGUGCCGCAUUACGUGGUCGUCAUUUACCAGCAUCUUAUCCAUGUUUUACUGAGCGGAUACAAUUUUCCACUCUACCGAUUUGAUAUACGACGACUGGAUGAAGAACCGUCCGACGAAACCAUUCUGUGCAGUCAAAUAACAACGGCAGAAGGAAGCACCUGCCUCAGCUUACUGCUUGCUACUGGGCGCAUCGUUUUGCUUUCUCUUCCCACUUUGAAAGUCAUUGCUGAAACAACAUUAACACAUCCGUUGACGCGAGCUCACGAGUCAUCCAUCACUCCGGAUGGUCGAAUAAUGACAUGGACAGCGAAAUACGAACUAGAACAAGAUCUCUUUUUGUUAAACAAUGGGUUACCAUUCGGCAACUCGGUGAUUCUAUAUAACAAAAACAUACAGAUUCCUCCUCACCCAGCCUCUGCUGGCACUUCGAAACAAAAGAAAUCAUGGAUCAGUACAGUGGCCGAUGCAUUCUCAAAGGAUACCAUGACAAUGGCAGAAUUUGACGCUAUAAUGGGUAAACAAAUACCAGCUGCAUCCGAUCCGCCGGCCCAUGCAUCUGGUCGUCAACCACCGCAAUGUGAUACCUCUGAAAGCGGUGAACCCAGUGGAUCUACUAAUGUAUUCAAGGAACUAGCCAACAAAAUGAAUGAACGUGGAGACAAGCUCAAUCAGCUGGAACACAAGUUCCAGGAUAUGAAUCAAGCGUCGGGCGACUUUUUGAAAGCGGUGCGUGAUUACAACGAAAGGCAAGCACGCAAAAAAUGGUGGGAAUUUUAG